GGAGGCACGGUUUGUUAAGAUAAAAACAAGUUAACAUGCGUAGAUGGAGAAUGAAACUAUAUUUAAAAAAGUUGCUGACAGAUGUAUUGUAAGUUAUAGUCCAGGCAUUGAAACAAGUACCUUGUGUAUAAGUGGUAUUCAUUGGUAUCUCUUAUAGGAUAAACGGAGACAACAAUAAGUGAAAUGAACAGACUGUUCCUAAUCUUAGUUGUUGUAUGCGUAGUGGUGCAAACUGUCAGCCCAAACAAAAGUGCAGGAAAGGGAAAACGCAAGAAAGCUAUAGGAAUAAGAUUUUGGUUUCCUGUAUUCGUUGCGUUUGAAGGAAAUGGUAAGUCUGUGUAUGACGCAUGGCGAAGUCAGUCAGAAUGCAACCCUCUUCCCACGUCUUUUGGAACAGUCGGUUCUCAGCGUCAUCUCAGAAAUAGUGUUGUGGAUGACUGGAAUAAUGCAAAUAUACGAAUGGUGAAGGUUGAAUUUUUCAAAGACAGCCAAGUUGUUGCAUGGAUGACUUUUAAUGGUAGGAAUACAGAUAAGAUGAACUGGUUUAGCAAAUCAAACCUUGCGCAGAGUAGUUUUAAUGAUUUAGGAUCACACAGUACAUUUAACUACUUUUCGAUUGCUGGAGAUCGUCAACGAAAGUUCUAUGUAAAUCAGAACUACGGAGGAUGUGCUAAAGAUCAAGGGUGGAUGUACGUCCUUGAUCAAGAUAGACGCUGUCCAUAUGAACGCAUUGGCUCGAUUCCGAUGUUCCUUUAUACAAAGAAUUUCACAGAUAGAAACUGGACCCGUAACAUGGCACAGCCAGCAGAUACGAUGGUUAUUUCUGUCCUAGCAGAGUUAUCGAGAGUUGAUUAAUAAGAUCAACGUUUUGCUUUGAAAGAGUUUCGCAAGUGAUCUGACAUCACACAAUAUAUAGAACAUUAUUCUAUUAGAUUUCAGUAUUUCAAUUAGUUUUCAGUAAUUCAAUUAGUUUUCAGUAAUUCAAUUAGUUUUCAUUAUACAUAUAUUUUUAUAUACCAGUUAAAGUACAGAUCUGGAUCCUCUUAAGAUAAAUUCGAUUUUACCUGAAUUAUGAUAGUGUAGAAUAAGAUAACAGUAAUUCAAUUGUUUUUUUUGUUUGUAAAACAUAUUUUUAUAAACCGGUUAAAGUACAAAUCUGGAUCCUCCUACAUGUCUUAAGAUACAUCAAAUUUUACCUGAAUUAUGAUAGUGUUAAAUAAGAAAACAGUAAUUCAAUUUUAUUUGUUUUGUAUACACAUUUUUAUAUACCGGUUAAUGUACAGAUCUGGAUUAUUUUAAGGUAAAUCUGAUUCUACCUGAAUAAUAAUACUGUUAAAUAAUUUUCCAAUUAAAAACUUUCUAUCCAC